AUGCUCGAGUUCCCGCUGCACGAUGGCUUUUUUCCUCAAAUCGCUCUCUCGCGCGAGGAAGUCAAGUACUACAAGCGACUGGGCAAAGAGCGCGUGACGCAACUGAUCCGGAUCAUCGAGGACGCCGACUGUGCGUACAAGUGGACAAGUACCGCGAGAGAUCGCCGCCGCCACCGAUCGCGUCUGCCCGGUCGUGCUCGUCGCAGUUUCGAGUCGACAGACGACGUUGCGGUCGUGUGCGAACGGGCCAACUUUCUCGACUUUCAGCCCACGAACAAAGCAGCGCAGGCGUCGACGUUACUGAAAGCCAGUGUCCAAGUCUCGGACAUGCAGGUCGACGAGAUCUUACGCGCCGUGGCCAAAGUCAAGACGAAAGAGUUCCGGAAAACCAUGCGGUACAUGCACGAAGACGGGUUUGUCGAUGGCCGGACGCUGUUUACGUUUCCGCGUGAAAGUGUCCGACCAAUGCGAAACGGCUCCAGUGCGUCCUGUUUGUCGUAUCGUGCGAUCAAAUGGCACGCGCUGCGAACCCAGCGGCGGCGCCAUGGCGAAGAGGAGAAAAAAGUGGAUUUCUGCUUUUUAGAGUACGCAGGCAAGAAAAAACCUCACCCGGGCUCGAACGUCGUGGGCUUUAGCAUUCAGGAAUCCAUCUCGCGCGAUCGAGAAGUCCCGACGUUGGAGAAUUUCGGGAUCGCACGUGGCUAUUUAUCGAGAAUGGGUAUCAUUGUGUCGAAAACGCAUCAAGCGAAUACGUUCAAAGUGACGUCUAUCUGUCAGAUUGAUGGCGACUUGAACCCAAUUGUUCGGGGCGUGUUGGAGGAAUUGAUGGAAAAGACCGUUGGCGUUGUUGCUCGAAUUCCAGGACUUGUGGCGCGACAGCGCGUAAGUAGUUUGCGGUUUGUCGAGCAGUGGCAAUGGGUACCGAAUUCCGAUCGCAAAGCGUGUGCCGUGUGUCUUCGCGGGUUUUACUUUCGUCGGAAACACCACUGUCGAACGUGUGGCGAAGUCGUUUGCUCGUCCUGUGCUUUGCUGCGGGAGCUGGAAGAGCCGAUCUUUGACAUUGCCCAUCUCCGUGUUUGUUCCGCGUGCAUGACAAGCGCUGGCGCUCGACAACAAGAACAGCAGUUGUCCGUGCAGGGUGUCUCUGGCACUGGUGGCUCGCCACCUGUCUCGGGCACGUCAAACGACACCGAGUCGUACAUUCGUGGCUUACGUAGUCCGCAGCACAAUUCAUACGAAGAUAUGGUGUUCCGCAUGCGGGAAUCGCGGGACCGAGAUCGCCGACAGAGUGACCUCUCUGGCGUUGUCCUCGAGACGGACACGGAGCUCAAGCCAGCGAGUCCUCUGCGAAAGAUUGGUGCGAGUCCUGAAUUGCGGGCGCAAGACAAGAUGCAAGCUCUUACUGACGUUGUUACGCGCAUUCGUGAGGUACGUGACACGAUCAACCUGACCAUGUCAGAAGCAGCCUACGGACAGCGGCAGGAUGACGAGAAUAGCGACGAGUUUGAGGAAUUCAACGACAUGUACAGCGAGAUCACGAGCAUUCAAGAAGCACUGGAGAGUUCCGUGUCGAACUAUGAUACCGCACUGGCUAACGCAACGAAUGCGGUACCAGCGAUGUAUUACUCUGGGCCGAGCACUCGUAGUCAGGAUGAUGGCAUCAGCGAACAGGACAAAGAGCAUGACAUGACGGCGAACCAGUUUGAGUCGGUGGCUCGCAUUACGUUUGCAGCAGCUCGAGCUACGAAACAGGCUGGCCAAGCUUUCUUGUCCGUUGGAGAGCACCAAAGUCUGCCACGUGACGAGCUCAAGAGCAAAAGCAUUCACGUGAAACUCGACAGCGACGCAGUAUCAGCCAGCUCGGCUUCCGUAGCAAGCUAUCCGACCUUAUCGGACAGCUUUAACAGCUCUGGUGGCCACAGCAUCGACCCAUACUCAGCAUCGAACUACGAGAAAAUCAUGGCAACUUAUGAGCCCGAGCAAGAUGGGUCCGAGCACGAAUACGACGACAACGGGCACUCUUCGUACAACUUUGCCGACUCGGUCCGCCGUGUUACGGAGAUCCAUGAGCUGGAAAAGAAGAUACUGGACUUGCAGCGUAGCCUGGAGGAAGCCCAGAGAAAGCUCUCGGUCAUUGAUGAGCCAGAAUCCGAAGUACGUCUACGCCAGCAACGGGAUGCUGCACGUGACCGCUCCACACAAAGUGAGCUGGCGAGUGUCUUUGAGCGUAUUAGUGACCGGGACGAUGGAAAAGGCCGUACAAUGCUUGGCGAGACAGCCUCGUCCGAGUCACCGAGCCCCAUCGCAAUGGCAUCACCGACGAAAGCGAUACGAUCGAGAGGCCUCACGACGCAAGACUUGGUAUCCGAGCUAAGGGGUGUGAUGGCUUCCAUCGAUACUCCUGUUCGUGAUAACGGCGAACCACGACAAUCGGGUUUGAGACCAUCGACCCGUCUGUUGUCUCCACCGGGUGCCAUGACCUCAACGAGCUUCCGAAAGCUGCCUUUUGGACUGUCCUCCCCGAUUGCUACGAGCAAGACGGACUCAUCGCCACAAGACAGUACUUGUCAUUCCGCAACGAUGUCAUCAAAGCCGAAAGCAAGACCAGGCCAUGGAGAUUUGAACAUCAGUCGUGGCAGCAUCAAGAAGAACCGCCAUGGACGAUCGUCUGGAUCGAAUCGACCUUCUGCAGCACCUACCGAGGGCUCGUACUUGCAAGCUCUUGGAACAACGCGUGGUACCCGAUUUGGAUGCGACGAUGACGACGAUGAUGAGUUUGCUUCGUUAUCUUCGGACGAAGAAAGUUACGAAGCUUGUUCGGACGACAUGUCGUUGCUCAGCAGUGACGAUUACAGGGAAGCUCAGUUGCGAAAGUGCCAUGGCGGCCCCGAUCCAUUCUUCAUUGAGGAAGACCUGAGUGCGUUGCUCAAGACACGGAAAAUAGCAGAGACAAACAUGUCGCCGCCAAUUGACCUCAUUGCGUCGCCGUAUUUGCCAUCACCGCUUGAUCCUGCCAUGGAAAUGGACGAGCGCAAUGAGCUUCGAGACUUGAUGGCCGGUCUUGUCCGUCCCCGCAGUUGUUCCCUGCCGUUCCCAUCUGGUCAAAUGAGUGGUGCUUCAUCUGGUGAGUUUUUCAAGGACAAGCCAUCAUGGAGCGACGACGCUCCUGAUCGCGCCCCAACAGUCUAUCAAGUAAAGGAAGCGAUCCACGAAGUUCGUGCGACUCUCGCAAGCUGUCGCUGCGAGUGUCCAUCCGAUACGGACCGCGCACGCAAACUCACUUCGAUUUUCAAGGUGCUUCGCUCGUUGCAUCGAGAGGGCGUGCGGUCCAAAUUUCGCACGCUUCAGCACGACGACAUUCGCUACUCGAAGAUGGUGCAGACGACGCCCAGCAUUAUUAAGCUGCUCAAGCUCGCGGGGUACGUCUCGCUGCAACAGAAGCUCACCAUGCGACGUGUAGAUCCAGACUAUCUGGCACUGUUUUUGCACGAACUGGAUCGGGAACUCUAUGCCUUACCGAUCGAGGCGGGCGGGAGCUAG